CCAGCCAAGCAAGUAAAAGGAAGGAACAGCCGCGGUCUGGCGGGGUAACAGCAGCCAUGCAGAAGACGGCUAGCCUGGCCAGACAUUGCCUUUUUGGGAAGUCGCCUUCUUUUUGCUCCUCUUCUCCUACAACAUCACUCAAUCACUCAUUGUCUAAUCGCAACCAUCUUGUUCAGCAUCCCGCAUCUCAAUUGCCUCUCGCCUCCUUGCAUCAUCCAUGUACAUGUGUACCACCAACAAUUUGCACGUGCCACGUCGUUUGCCUUGUCCUAGCCACCCCGAGACGGGUCACUGCUAUCACCUCACACUGAUUUCGAGACACCUCACCGACAUGACUACCACACAAAACAUGUCU